CAAGCACGGCUGGUGGAAGCCGGUGAGGCAGAGCCGCGAUGUUCCGUAUCGAGGGCCUCGCGCCGAAGCUGGACCCCGAAGAGAUGAAACGGAAGAUGCGCGAGGAUGUGAUCUCCAUACGGAACUUCCUCAUCUAUGUAGCCCUGCUGCGAGUCACUCCUUUUAUCUUAAAGAAAUUGGACAGCAUAUAAAGAUUGGACAAUACAUGUGAAUGCAUGAUAUGAAGAACCUGGUUACAGUUUCUACUCUGCAAAUGAAUAGGCCCAGAAAGAUGUAAAAGACUCUGCUUGAAUGGACAUAAAAUUUCUACUUGUUAAGAACAAGUUUGGUUGUGGUAACUGACCUUCGUAGCUAAAACAGAAAACUACUUGGUAACCAUGGAAACACGUUUCUUGUGCCUGUGAUACUCAGCCUCCAUGAAUGUUGGUAUAAUUGUAAAUAAUGUCAAACUCCAUUUUCUAGCAAUUAUUAAUUAUAUAAGGGAAUUAUGUCUGCA